UUUGGGAAAUUCUGACUUUGUAACUAACUGAUUUUGCUACAAUUAAAACUACUCCGGAACUUACAACCUUUCCUUAGCUCAGAGGUCCUCGAAAUGAAGAUUUCAGGUGAAAAACGAAAGUGGCUGACCAUUUUUACUAUCAUCUUCUAUGCCCAUGCCUCGAGUGUUUGUGCCUCUAUUCGGUAUGGUUUCCUAGCAGAUGCUUUUUCGAGAAGAAAUAUCCCCGGAAAGAUAUACGGUUUGGUCGGAACAAGUCUGUUCCUCGGUUUUGGGUUUAUGUUUUUCUCCCAGGGAACGGAAAAGUUGAUGAGAAAAUGGAGCAGCAGGUCCAUCCUGCUACUAAGCAUGUUAGGAUGGGCAAUUGUUUCGCUUCUCACUGGCUUUGCUUACAGUAUUCCCGAUACAACUGUUGUUAUAGCCAUCUCAUUUGUGUUAAGGAUAUGUCAGGGAGUUUUGUCAUAUACAAGCACUCUUGUACCGAUCGAUUUCAUCAAUGCAAACUUCCCCGAAGAGUUUGACAUGGUAAACGGGCUCGUGAAUAUGGGUUACUUUAGUGGGCAUGGGGUGGCUGAAGCUGUUGGCUGUGUCAUCUAUGACAAAAUAGGAUACACGGCAGCUUACGGAUUCACUGCGGUCGUUGCACUUCUUGCAGCAACAAGUUCCUUUUUCUUCAUUCCUAAUACAAGAACAUACUUGUCCACUCAAGAUGACAUAUCGGAUGAUGAUCAAACGAUGUUAAAAACAGGAUCGAAGAAAAAUAAGCUCACAAAGUUAUUAAUAAUUCCAAUGAUAGCUACAAUGCUCAUUAAUGCAAACUAUGGAGUAAUUCAAGUCACAGUAACCCCCUUUCUGAAGGAAGAGUUCAACAAGUCUAUUUCUUACGGCGGAACAGUUCUGACACUAGUGUCAAUUGGAAUGGCGACUGGGAGCGUUAGUGUAGGCGUAAUUCUCCAGAAAAAGAUUCUAAACCCCUUGACUGCGAUGGGGAUUGGUGCCACGUGUAUCUUCACUGGACUUCUGGUAACUUUCCCUCCACAAUCUUUACCUGCUUUGUAUGAACUCAGUCCAAUACUGGCAUAUCCUGGAGUCUUCACAGCUGGUUUGGGGGACCCCAUUAUGACUAUAGCUACCCUUAGAGCCCUCUGUGACAUCCAGCUGCAGAAAAAGGGGUUGUUGACCCCGAAAAUGGUAACAAGGAUAACCUCGAUAUGGAUUGUAGGAUACAGCUCCAUGUAUUAUGCAGGAUCUUUCAUCGCCGGGACACUAAUGGACUACUUUUCUUACUCAGCGUCAGCAGAGAUUUUAGCUGGAUUCUGUCUCAUAGCUUUACUUAUCUGUAUUGGGAUGAGACUUUACGUCAAAGAUAAGGCUGACGAGGACAAAGAAAAGGUGGCAUUGAUCAAACAAUGAAGCUGGUGGUAAAGAUGAACUGUUUUAAUAAUUGACAAUAUAGAUUUUAUCUGUUUCAAACAAGUGAAACACUUGAAAUGUGUCGACAAAAGAAUUAAUUCGUGAAAUAUGAAACAAUUUGUGUCAAAUUAGAAUGGUGAAAGCUAGUUAAAAUUUAUGUUUUGGCCUUUUAUAAAUACAUAAUUUUAAAAUACAGAUGACUGGUCAUCGCUAUAAUUAUUAUUGAUUUUUCUAAUAUAUUAUAUGUGCGAUAUUUUAGUAAUGAGACAAUUAAUUAUUAUUAACUGAUCAUUGAUUUCAUCUAAUUAUGAAGAAUACCUUUUUUAUAAACAUUUAAUUAUUUGAUAUAACAUGAUCAUGGUUUCCAUGACUCAAACGAAAGAUGAAAGGCGUACCUUAAACGAUAGAAAGGUUAUAAAGUGAUGAGAUAUUCUCUUCUAUUUUUCAAUUUUUGUAAAAUUUUAUUUAAAUUAG